GAAUCUCGUACUGCUAAACACGCCCUCCGAUUGGUUGGCGGCAGAUCAUUUUAAGCGCAUACGCGGGUGAUGCUGAUCCUUGUUCAACCACAGCUCUCCAUGCUACACUACGCUGCGACAAUUUGUACCAAGUAUGGGAGUAACUUCAAAUCACAUCUGUUUCUAGGUAUACAACGACAAUUCACCCACAUGCCCCCCAUUUCUGUUCUCUGCCAAUAAAUACGAUUCACAAGUCACGCCAAAAAUACCCUAAUUUCCUUUCACGUCCUACCUGACAUCCAUCUAUCCAACAUAAAAUCACAACCUUACGCGACUGUCUACCCUAAAUUUGUUACGUCGUCCUCAUGCACAAAUCGUCCAAGUUACGUUGAGAGACAAUACGAGUAAAUCUUAGGACAAGUCACGUCAAGAACCCACAAAAAAUCGAAGGAUACGCGCCUAUGUCCUGAGACUAACAAUAGGACCAAAAGACCAGGCGACCUAAACCUUACGAUAGAUGUUGUCACGUCUUGGAGACCUGGGUUGAGUCAGGAAGGGAAUCAGACUUGAGGAGUAAUCCUAGGGACCCGUCGCGUGUGUUCUAUUGAUACGUGCAUCUUUGUACUAUACGCGCAUCUUUGUGCCAGCGCAAACAUGGUAUGGACCCUAUGAAUGGAAGGGAAAAAGUACCAGACUGACCAUUCAAAAGGCGAGCUUUACGGCACUGAAUAUUGAACCCGACGACCAUAUUGAUGAUGAGGUUGAUAAUACCAAGGAGCUACAGGUGCGUGGAUAAUAGGAGGAUGGUGGGGGAGAGUGAAGUGCUGACAGAUUUGGUAGAUUGAAGAAGCGCUGAGAUUGUACCAAACAGCCCUCAAACUGCACGCUCAAGGACCUACAGCUUUUGGGGAAGCGAAAGUAGCAUAUGAGAAUCUUUUCCGAUCGGAAAUCUUUACCUAUCCCGAGUCCAUAACCGAAUUCCAGCGCAUCGAACUGAAUCCCGAACUCGAGCUACUAGACCAAUCCUUCGCCCUCGAUCUAGACUUGGGAGGACCAGACUCACCAAGCACACUUCCACAAAUACUGUAUUUAUCCUACAAGAACCAUGCCCAGUUUGUGCUAGACUGUGCCAAGGGGCGACGCAAUGGGGCACCGUUAACAGAGUCAGAGUCCCUAUUGGAAAAGGUACUACUGAACAAGCAAGCCCAUUCUGCCCUCAGCUUCUUCACACUCGCAUUGGUCAGCGACCAGUCAGAUACAGAGUUAUGGCGACGGACGGCGCGUGUAGCAAGCACCUUGGGAAGCAGGGCAAUCGCAAGAUACUGUCUGGAGGCGGCGGUUGAGGCCGACGAUGACCCCACGGUUGCAGAGGUUGACCCAGCGUCUUUGGAGGAAGGAUUUGCGGGAGAGCAAUUGAAAGAAGUGUUGAAUGUCCUUUCCGAUGAUACUGCUUUAUCACACCCAAUUAUGGCUCCUUUUCGGAAGAGGAAAAUGCCCAGUUUUUUAAACAAGUACCUGGACCCGUACCCAUUCUUGCCAGAUCCCACCAAAACUCUCGAGGAGCCUUCUCCAGAAAACAAUGACCAAGAUGGAAUGGACAAAAGAUUCGUAGUAAUUUCACCUCAACGAAGCUGGUCAUCUAUAGGUAAUGAGCUUUGCCAAGCAUACCUCUCUCCAUUGGGACUUUCCGGAACUGGGAUUCUAUUGAGCGUCCCAGAGGAACAGGCGGCACUACCUGAAAUAGUUGCAGAAGCUGUAGUCGCUGUAUCGGAUACAUUGGAAGGUGAUCAGAUUAUGAAGGAUGUUGACACAACCGAGUCACCGGCGACCGAAACCAAUGAACCUCCGCCUGCUGUAGAUACAUCCAUUCCCGAAUCCUCUAAAUCGGACGACGCAGCAGUGGUUGUUGAAACAACCACUGCAAUUGUGACUGUUGUUGAUGAGCCUGAACGACAGGCAAGUGUUGGUCUGCCUACCAGGAAACGAUCACAAUCGGCUGCUGGAAUUCGAGACACGCCAGACGAAGAUAGUGCAGGUGGCGCUCAGAAAAGAAGUAAACGUAUUAGGAAUCGUAAUGAUGUCGAAGGUUUUGUGGAUCCAGCAACUCAAUAUGCAGAGCAGCUCAAGACAUUCAUCAGAGCAGACGAGGACGUCUUUGAGUAUGUGGGUAAUAUCCUUACAAAAUUGGGCGUAGAUGACCUUGGGAAAUUCUCAGAUCUCCAGAACGCCUUGAAAAAUGAGGAUAUGUCCGAUCGAGCCGAGGUCGUGACCAAUACAGCCGUGAGAGACUUACGCGAUGUUCUUAAAAAUUGGGAUGAAGCAAAAGCGUCCACUUUUGUAAACGGAAAUGCUGCAGAUAUCUUGGGUUCAUCUGCCGCAAGUGCAAAUGCAGGUUUGGCAGCUUUCCUCGAGCACUCUAAAUCUGGACCUCAAAAAGUCAGCACCAUCCCCCUUUAUUCGGAGUUGGAUGGCCUGUCAACAUUCAUCUCAAGAGUUGAGUCUGAAUGGAUGCCUCUUCAAGAUGUGAUAUACGAAUGGGCUCUCAGCGUGCUUCAGACUUAUCGCUCAACUUUAUGGAGCGAGGACUUGAAAGUGGCUUUGGUGCGAGUUAUCAGUUUCGCGGACUCGGAGAUAUGUAUCCAUUUUCAAGAGGAUAUGGAAUAUGCUAAAGGCGUCAAUGGAGACAAAGCAAGACUGGCUAUGUUGGAAGACAUAGCUGAGACUCUAUUUGAGCUUCAUCUUGAUAUAUACUGCCGCAUCACCAACCCUAACAGCAUUGUUCAACAUGAAAUACGUAUCAUGACGAAAGAACGCCUCGAUCGAUGGGCUGAUUAUGCCGCAGAGACGAUAAGAGCACGAAAUUUGGAGCCAAGCGACGACAUGUCGGUACGAUAUCUAUGGGCAUCUGUGUUCCACUCAACGACAGCUGAUAGUGUUUCUCGUGAGCACAAGGUGCUUUGCUGGACGGAAAUGAAGGCACUCUUGGAAGAAGUCCAAAAGCCACCAAUGGAACUUCAGAACAAUGCUGUCAUGCCAGAGAUUUCAAUUGAUGCAGCUGAUCGUGAGGUUUCGCGGCUGACCACCAUGGAUUUCUUCUUCAAUCUGUUUCAAACAGACCGGUCGGAUCCUGUUGCAAUAAUCGAAACCCUAGAGCCAGUUCUCGACCCGGAAUCUGCUUGCCUGUCUCCAGAAGAUGGUGAAAAUGGAAUGGCCACUGAGGCCACUGAUGGUACACCUGCCGCUCUGCGCGAGAUGUGGAAGUUUUUAAAGAGCGGAAGCACUUCCCUACGACUCUUCUUAUGGCAAAGGUUGCGUGACGCAUAUUCAAGUAUCGGCUACAACACCAAGGUCUUCUCUUGUCAUCUUAAAAGCAUCGAGAUUAUUGUAGGGGAUCUGAGAGGGGAUGAUUACGUGGAUAGUGCCGAUGAUCCCCGUCGACACAAAUUGUUAACGUGGUUGAAAGCGCUGGAUGACCUGCUUGUCAAAUCUCUCACGAUUGCGUUGAAUGAUGCAUCUUUAUGCUUUGAAAUUGUUGACGAGAGGCACUUGAAGUCAACUUGUUUCGCAUUAGCUCAAUUAUCUCGCGUGUUGCAUUCUGCUGCAAUUUUUGACGACGAAGUCGGACUCGGCUUGACCGUGUUACCUCAAACCUCUGCAUAUUCCCCCCAAGGAUCGUUCAAUGGUUUCAUCAGCAAACUUCGCGAGAUGCAAGUCCGAACUUGGUCUUUACAGUAUACCAUGGUCAAGGAAUCUAUGAAUCAAUGCCCGGAGUUAUACGCUAAUCCAGAAAAUCAACUUGCAGAUUUCCUUGCUUUAGUUCACUACUGCUUAGGUUUGCGCAAAUGCUGCAAGGUUUCCAAUAAGAUCUUUCUCAAGAUGAUGAAGGUAGAAUUGAUUCGACUGAAAAAUGUUGACAAGUGGGAAGACUAUCUUGGUCAAGUUCUUUUUGACCUGUAUGGCAUAAAACUUGGUGUUGGUACCUACAUGCUAGAUGACCAUGGAUGUCCUACUGAGACAUUAUACCGACGUACAGUUCUGAAUAUCGCCGACCAAGUUAUUGCCUUGGCGAAUGGAAUGUCGAUGAAAGAUCUCCUCAAGCACGAACUUCGCCCUACCAUUGAGAAGAUGCAGGCCGCAGUUGGCCCAGCCAAGCCAUCGCCACAGAUGAUGCAUAAUCUUCGCAACUAUACCGAAUAUCUGCGGGGCUCUAUACGACCACUCAAUAUGUAUAAAGCCUUCAAGGGGCAGGUAGAGGUCGAUUCUCUUCCGGUUACCACCGCAGAAAGCCCAUUGGCCAACAAAAACUGGUACUUCUUGAUGGGAAUGAUUGCACUGACCAAAUUCCGUACGCAAAAGCGCUUGGGCCCAGGAGCACAGCAAGAUGAUAUGAAAGUCGCAGCUUCCUUUUUGAGACUGCAACUUCAAUUCUCAUCAGAUCACUGGGAGACCUGGUUCCGACUUGCACAAUGUUUUGAUGCCGAACUGGAGGAGGAGGUCAUGUGGAGUGCGGACAAAAUCAACAAUCAUCGGGCUGAUCUCGUUAAAUUACAGCGAUCUUCUAUUCAUUGUUAUAUCCUGGCGAUUUCUACUGCCUACCGAACUGCUGAUGAUUCAUUGGAGACUGCUGCGAAACUUUCCGAGAUGUAUCACGAGUUUGGAAUGCGCUUGUACGCGUCGUCCCGCGAGCCUCUCAGUAUGGAGGCUUUCCAUGUCGACGGAUUUGAGAAGCAUAUGAGUGGAUCUACCGGAAUGUAUAAGAAUCCUUUACAUGGGGAAAUGAGUCGUUACAUGGUUUGGAAAUUCGCGGCUGUUCUCUUUAGAAAGUCUCUAGCGGAUCGCCCAACCAACUGGAUGUAAGUUUUGUUCAUCUCCUGUGGAUUUAAUACGUACUAACUCGAGCAGGAGCCACUACAUGCUCGGAAAAUGUCUAUGGAAGAUGUAUGACAAAGAACCUGGAGAUCCCGCCAGACCAUCAAUGGACUCAGUCUUGAACGCCUUUCUCAAAGCCAUCAAGACUGUGCCAAUGCCUCGCGACGGGCGACAAGAACCCAUCCUUGAACCUCACUACAAAAUAGUAUCCAUUGUUCACAAGCUAGUCUUAAGUCAAGCAAUGGAGUUACAGCCUGCGGCGGACCUACUGCAACAGCAACCGAUGGCUUUAAAUAAGGGGGAGCGGGUUGAGAUUACAAAUGAUCAAGAGUGGAGGAAUUUCAUUCUCGAUACGAUGAAAAACCUUCGUUCUUUAGACAAGCAACAUUGGCAACACCGAAUGGUUGCUCGGGUCGCAAAUAUUCUAUGGGACGUUGAAAGUCCUGAUGAGACAAAUGCAGCUGCAGUUCGACAUGAGUUCCGUGAGUCCAUUUUCACGAAGACUAUGCAUAUACAAGUCUGGAAACCAGAUGCAGAGAGACCUGGUCGACAUUGUGUAUAUAUGGAGCGAUACGUUCGGUUCAUGUGCCACAUGCUGUACGUUCUCAACGACAAAGUUAAUAUGGAACAAUUUGCAAAGCGAGUCAAAAAGAAGUCGAACGAUUUCCACAAAUUCAGCGUUGUAUGGGGAGAAGUAUGUCAUACUUACUUGAAACUCAUCAGAAAGAACUGUCAGAUCCCAGAAAACAUGGACGAGGUGUUCAAGAAUGUUUCAAGCGAAGAAUUUGAUAUCAUUUCGGAACGUCUAACAUCUUGGAUCGCUGACCCCUCACUUGAGCAUCCAUUAUUGGAAGCACUCCGUGAUGGUGUUGAACUCAAGAAACUUAACGGAAACGCAAUGAAAUCAGCGCCAAUUGACGAUCUUAUCAACGAUGCCUGGGCAGCACUCUACACGCAAAUUGGCAAGUCGCUUCCAGGUCCUGAUCCAGGCUCACUUGCCAAUACACAGUUGGAUGGCUCAGGGGAAGGGGGUGUCGCACCUCGACCUUUAGGGUCUAUGAGUCUUAACAAUCUCGUCAUGGAUAUGAAUGGUACCCAAAUCCCUGUACCAGUCACCAUUGCAGGUUCGGAGAGCUCACGACCUCGAAAGUUGGGUAUCAGUAGAAGAGAAGUGUUACGUCGGUCUGAAAUCGCCGUCUCGCGCAUGCCAGAGGUUGCUCGGGCUCCACCCCCUCCUUCUGGCCGUUCUCGCCUCUCGGAACCCACGACGAUUCUGGGCUCGAAUGCUGAGGUUGACCAGCCUAUGCCGGAUGUCGAGGAGUCGCAGAAUGGAAACGGGGGUUUGCAGACGGUGCAGGAGAGUACUGAGCACGAAAACGAAGAGGAGCACGAACAUGCGAACGAACAACUCCAACGGGAAGAGCAAGACUCUAACGAUAAAGAAGCACAAGCACAGCAGACUCAAGGUACCCGACAAGCUUCCGAGUCGGUGAGGGGAAGUGUUCAUGAUAGCGCGGACGACGAGAGUGAUCUUAGUGAUGUUCCUGACAUGGAUGAUAUCGAUGAGGAGAGACUGUUCAAUCCCCUUCACCGUCUUCAUCAGGAUCGCGACGAAGAGGGCGAUGACGAUGAAGAGAGCGAAGAUGAAGAGGAGGGGAGUGGUGACGAUGAUGAACCGGGUGAGGACGAGGCGGAGGAGGCGGAAGAGGAAGAAGAAGAGGAUGAGGAAGAGCCUACGCUGGCGAAACUGACCUGAUGUUGAACUUGACAUUUCGAUUUCACGGGGAUCUAGUGUGUGUUCCUCCUUCGAAUGAUGAAUGGAAGUGAGGAGUCAAUGAAUUCUUUCCAUUGUUUCUGGUAUUUCGUUACUACUCUUAGCGUGGCGUUUUUUGGUUGGUGGUCUCGCUUGUUGGUUGUUUGGUUCAAGAUCAGACACCUUACCUUUGCGAAUGGAUGCGGAGGUCACGUCACGGCUUGAGGGAGAGGAAUGGAAAAUAUGGGUUGAUGUGGGAAAUUAAAAUUGUACAUUUAGCUUUUGUAGAAUAUUUGUUUUAUUUCUGUGUAAAUCAUCGAUUAUUAAAGAACGGUCUUGCC